AUGUCGAAACCAACAGUCCUCCUGAUAGGAGAAUUAACACACACCAACCAGGAAUGGCAAGCUCUUUCUUCAAAAUACAAGCUCAAGGAAUUCCGAACAGGUAAACGCGAUCAAUUCAUCUCGAACCUCAAGUCGGGGGAGUACAAAGACGUGGUAGGUCUCUAUCGAUCCAAUAUGUCCGUCUCACAAACUGGUCCUUUCGAUGCCGAGCUGGUCUCAUUAUUGCCAUCAGGCUUGAAGUGGGUGUGCCAUAAUGGUGCUGGAUACGACAACAUUGACGUCAAUGCGGUCAACGAGAGGCAGAUACAUGUCUCCAGCACACCAGUAGCGGUUGAUGAUGCCACAGCCGAUGUCGCGAUCUUUUUGAUGUUGGGAGCGCUGAGACAAGCACAUAUAUCAUACACAGCACUACGUCAAGGUAAAUGGAGGGGUGGCGCACCGCUGGGUCACGACCCGAAAGGGAAGACGUUGGGAAUAUUAGGCAUGGGAGGAAUUGGCAGAGCAGUGGCCAAACGAGCACAGAGCUUCGGCAUGUCCAUCAUCUACCACAACCGCUCACGACUAUCCCCAGAACUAGAGGGUGGUGCAACCUAUGUCUCCUUCGACGACCUCCUUGCUCAAUCAGACGUACUAUCCCUAAAUCUGGCCCUGAACGCCAAGACGAAACACAUCAUCUCCGCACCACAACUAGCAAAGUGUAAGAAGGGCGUAACAAUCAUCAACACCGCACGAGGCGGCCUCAUCAAAGAAGCCGACCUCGUUGACGCCCUGGAAUCAGGUCACGUCGAAGCCGUCGGUCUCGAUGUCUUUGAAGAGGAGCCAAAGAUCCAUUCUGGUCUUGUGAGAAACGAUCGAGCCUUCCUGAUGCCGCAUAUGGGCACGUGGACGUAUGAGACACAGAGGGAUAUGGAAUUGCUUGUGCUCAAGAAUCUGGAAAGUGGUGUCGAUUCAGGGAAGUUAACUACGAGGAUUAACGAGCAGAAGGGCUUGAGCUGGGCUAAUGAUGGGGACAAGAGUAAGCUAUGA